GCUUCAGCCUUUAAAAGAUGUAAUAAAAUCUCUUUAUCUUCGUGUUUUCUCUUCCAAACCUUUUCAUCAGUUUCAGAUGGAGCUGUCAGGAAGGUAAGUUAUUGUUUUUAAGAAUCAUAUAUUCCUUAAAUUACCACUAGAUGGCGCACUGGGACCUGAUUGGCUCUCAUGUGCUUUAAAGUUCAUGAUAACUGAGGAAACUGUGUUUAAGCGUUUAAAUGAUCCGGAUAUAAAACUUUACUGAGUGUACCAUUGAGGCCCAAGUUUUAAUUUGUGAUUUUAAACAACAAAAACAUUUUCUUGAAUUUUAAUUAAUAGGAAGCCUGUGUUUCCAGUUAAAAAUACAGUAAUUUCGUUUAAAAGCAGUUAGAAGUCUUGGAGAAUUAGACUAAAAUAUGAAAUGUAAGUUUUGUUUGCAGAUAAUUGAUUAUUUCCUCGCUUUGGAUUAUGUUUAUGCUGAUUUAUGAUCAUGCUUUGUGUUCUUGUAAAGGUAGAAAAUCACGUUUCUGCUUCAUCAGUCUUUAUGCACUAUCCUUAGAAAGUUUGUAGCCACCCCAUCCCAGACUCCUGUCACCUCCCGCCCUCUUUUUCCCUCCACCACCCAACCCCCACCUCCACACUACCCAUCCAUACAAACUCCUGCAUCGUCUCUCAAACUAACUCACUCCUCUCUGUACCUUCAGCCUUUCUCCUCUCCAUCCAGCGUGUCACAUUAACCCCCUCAGCUGCGUCCUGACACCCCAGCGUGAGAGCCACCAUCAGCACCAGCACCAUGCUCUGGAAAUCCCGAACCAAGACUGACGGAGUGCAGGUAAACCACCUCAGAUGUGUGUUUAUUUAUCUAUUUUUAAUCUUAUUUUAUUUUGUUUCCCAGAAGUCUUGGUGAGUCCAGAAUUUUUGGGUAAUAGUCAACUUCAAAGUUGUUUUACGCGUGGGGCAAAUGUUUGGAAAAACUUGCCAAAUUUGGAGUUUCUAGCCAAAAUUGAUCUGGAUACCCGUGCGUAAAAACGACUGUGUGGUGUUACGAUUCAAAAUAUUGGAUUUCUAGACAAAAUCUGAUUUUUAAAAGUUGUUUCUGAUGCAAACUUUGUCAAAGAAAGAUAUUUUAAAAGUCUUAAAUCGUGCGUAAAAUCCAGGAAACCACCCUGUGCCAUUCUCCAAACAAAACGAGUCAUAAAUGUCAAAGUACGGUGAGAGUCUGAGUUAACCGUCUGUAAUUGAAUGAAUAUAUCUCUUUAAGAGAAGUGGACCCCGUCGACCCCUCCCCUCCUCAUUCUGCCGGGCGCGCGCCAAACCUAUAAGUAGUGCGCUCAUGGAGAGACAGGAGGACUCUGUGUAUGUUGUGCGCGCCUGUGUGUAUCUUGCUGCUGCAGCUUUUUCAUCCUGUGUGCGUAAAAGAGAGCUCCAGUCAAAGAGAGAUAAAAGGGAAAGUUAAUGACACAUUUGAGUUUCAUGGAGCGGUGAAACAGUCUGGAUUACACCUCGGAGUAUUUGGUGACAUCUUGAUAGUGGUUGGAAGCCUGCGCGUGCUGCUGAGUUUUAAAUUUGGGGGAAUCCAGAGAGGUCCAGAUGUUAAUCCACACCUAUUCGGCAAUGGUGAGUUGGAGAGGAUUGAUUUCUAGAUUUUUAAGGAUUGUUUGUGUUUGUUUAAUACUUAUUUAACUAUUUUUGGGGGGAAAUUUUUUAUUUUUGUGGUGUGUUGCCUGUGGAUAGCACUUAAAAAACAUGCGCAAAAUGUGAUUUUUACCCCUCAAAAUGGCUCAUUUCCGAGAUAAAUCCAGUCUAGAUCUCAUCAGUUGCAUUUUUAAAACUAUAUUUAUCAAUUUGUAGAUCUUUUUUGUUUUGUUUGCGCUGACAAAAACAUUUAAAAUAAAUUGCUGUUUGAACGACACUCUCCAUUUGAUUUAAUCGUGAUGAGUCCGUGCUGUUUUGACCCUGAGUUAAAAGCUGCGGCGCGCUGCAUCUGUCCGGGGAGAUGCUCUUUGUCUGCGCAGUGUCACAGCGCAUGAGACCGGCUGACAGUAAAGUGUCCACACUGUGCAAACACUGUGACACGCCGUGACACAAGAUGGGGAAGUGUCUCUGCGUUUUUAAUCUCUUGAAUUAAACUUUGUCAGAGUGAAAUGAGGAAUUAAAAAAUCCGCAGAGUGGGGUGGAUGUAUGACUGAUGCAUGUGUGCGCUUUUGGCCUCUCUGGAUGGCACAUAAUGGACAUUGUUCCACCACAACAGCAUUGAUCCGGAUGACCCAGCUUUUGGGAAAAUCCAAUUUCACCAGGAUGUGUGUGAGCAGAAAUGUAGGCUAGUGGAGUAUACAGGAUCACUUUUCCACGAGGGCUGGAACUUGCAAAGUCCAUAUCAAAUUUCCUUUGUAAUUUUCACUUGCGCUUCUGUUGACACCUUGACAGAUUAUUUACAGGUGCAGCCCACUUCCCCACUUCUUCCUCUCCUGCAGCAGCAGCAGCAGCAGCAGCGUGUUGUUGUGUUGUGUUCUACCUGCCCCCGUGUCUUUGUGCAGCUUGUUGGUGGCCGUGACCUUUCUGACACUGUUCAGCAGCGAUGCCAAAGGCGUCGUCUGCCAGUGCGCAUCACUUCAAGCCAUCCUGCUAUUUCCAGACAAUUCGUGAAACGGAUAUGCAUUUAUUUAUGGAGUUUGUCCGUUUAGUGAGAAACGAUUUUGUUCAUUUUGGAAUUCGUUGAAUUUUUCUCAUCCAGCCUUUGCGAUUUUACGCGUCAUUUUUGGAGUAGAUUAAUUCUCCGGAUGUUAAAAUUUAUUGAAUUUCUUUGACAUUUAUUUAUUGUUUUUUCUUCUUUAGCAAUAAUUUGAUAUAAAACAAACUUUUCUAAUUUUCCUCAGGACCGCGCAGACGGACUGAGUGGCUCUUCGCCGAGUGGGCGCCUCUCCCAGCUCUCCUCCCUGAACCAGGCCGCUUACUCCUCGGCUCCCCCGCUCUGCCACACUCCGGCCUCUGACUUCCAGCCUCCGUACUUCCCUCCCCCUUACCCCCAGUCCUCCCUGCCAUACUCCCAGAGCCAGGACUCGGCCUAUUCCCACCUGUCAGACCCCUACCCCUCCAUCAACUCCAUCCAUCAGCAUCAGCAGGCGGCAUGGCACUCGCAGAGGUCGCGCUCCGAGGAGGGGGGGCUUCUGUCACAGUCGCACCGGGCUUUGAGCCUCGACCCUCGGCGGGAGUACGCAGCUGUCCCUCGGCUGCUUCACGGUCUCGGGGAAGGUGCAGCCGCGCUCGGGGACGGUCCUCUCGGGAUGCACCUGGGACACCACGGCCUGGAGGAUCUUCAGGUGACUACAUGAGUUUCUUAUCUUUGGCUUUAGACCGUGCGUAAAAGUAACUGAUGUGCAAAAUCUUUAAUUAUUCUCAAUUUAUUCGGAUGCUUUUAUGAGGGAAAAGUGUUUUAAAUUGGUGUAAAAAUAUUUAUAAAAAAAGGAUACAGGCAACAAGGCCUUGAGGCAAUUUAUCACCUGAUUCCUUCUUUCCUACAAUUGCCGAUUAAAUGUCCUUUAAUAAUCCAAAUAUUCUGUAAUAAUCCAAUUUUAUUACAAAAGAGUGUAUUUUUGCUUUCAUUUUAAAUCAUAAAAAGCAGCGUUUUCCCCAUUUUCUUUAUUAUUUCUGUAUUAUUUAGGUCAGAAGUUAAUAGUUAUCUGACGCCCAUUUAAUGUAGUUUCUCCAAAACAGGUGCAGCCAAUUAAUUGAUUAAUUAGUGUGCACCGACGUCAUUUGGCUUUGCUGUACAGGUGUUAUACUAUUUAAACGGUAUAUGAUAAAUCAGCUUAUUUAGUACAGUUGAGAUGUCAGGACUGAUAUGGGAAUUUCUGCAUGAAUAUCAGCAAAAACUUUAAUUUUUCUUUAAAAUAUAAUCACAGAUAUUUUUACUUAUUUGUCACUUAUUUUCUUAUUUAUGUUUUUAGAUUUUAUUCCCAUCAUGUUAAGAAAAUUAAAGGCUGAAUCGUUAAAGCUCAAUGACUGAAAUUAAAGAAAACGUAAAAAUUAUUGAUUAAAUUUUUACAAAAGAGUCAUUUUCUGUCCGGUUCAUCCGCGUGUCACCCCUGCUGUGUCGUCUCGCGCGGACUCUAAAGUCUUGUCGCUCACUCUGCACUCGUGCACUUUUCAUCUUUGUGUGAAGAGAAGGAGAAGAAGAAUAGUUGUUGAGUUUUAUUGAGCAGUCAGCCUCUCCCUCCUGCAGCAGGUGCAGCUGCUGCAGACGCUGUUUGUUGCCUCCUGCUGUAUUAAAGAAAAGAAACACCGAGACUAAUUGAUGUUUACGGUCAUUAAUGGAGAAGAAACGUUUGAGAGGCGCGCGAGGCGAGGAGUCAGCGCGAGCGUGCUGCUGCUUAAACGCUCCCACACGCACGAGGACGACCUUCUUUUGAUUAAUGGAUGAUAUCCUCGUUCAGCUGUGAAGGCUCGUUUAACUCUCAACACAAAAGAGACAUCCGAGGAUCAGACUGAGGGAGGAACAAAAAAAAAACAUCAAAUAAAAACACUAAAGAUUAAAGUUAUUCUGGUAAAGGGAGAUAAUCCGACUGUUUUUACAUUUUAAAAUUAAUUUUAGCAUUAAAGAUUUUUCCUUAGUAACAGAAAUACCAGCAGUUAUUUUAACUAAUUGUUUAGAAUACCCAAAUACACCAUUUUGGGGGCAAUGUUAAAGAGUCUAAACCCUGUUAAUACAGCAUUAUUGUAUUUUUUUAAAGGACAGAUAACUCUCACAGUCACUAAAAAUCAUUUAUGAAUCAAAAGAAUUCCCUAUAAUUCUCCCAAUUCUUUUUUAAAAAUCUCUAUUAAUGAAAAACAAAAAUUAUUUUCAUCUAUUGUGUGUAAAAAUAAAAAAAUAGCCAUCAAAAAAACAUCCAAUAACCUGUUACAGUAUUCCCACAUUAUCUGAUUUCCUUUUAACAUUGAGACAUAUUAAUAGGUAUCAUUUUUUAAUGUUGCAGCCAAAAAUAGACCCUCAAAUUUAGAGGAAAAUGCUCAUAUAUGUCAAUGUGAUGUGCAUAAAACAGGAUAUCUGUUGAAAAUAACCACCAAAAAACAUCCAAUAACCUGUUAUAGUAUUCCCUCCUUAUCUACUUUCCUUUUUUACAUUCACAAAUUUUUAUGGUUAUAAUUUUUUUUACUGUAACAGCUAUGGUUGUCCAAAAAUAGACCCCCAAAUUUUGCCCCAAAAUUAGAGGAAAAUGCUCAUUUUAACAUCUCUAUGAAAUGUCAAUGUGAUGUGCAUAAAACAGGACAUCUGCUUUCCUUUUCGAUAGACAGAUAGAGAGAUAGAUAGAAAUACUUUAUUGAUCCCAAACUGGAAAAUUCCCAUGUUACAGCAGCAAUAAAAACACAAAAUAAAAUUAAAUAUAAGAAGUAUGUACAAUACAGACUGAAUAUACUGAAUAUAUACAAUAAAUACAGACUAAAUAUACUAAACGUCCUAAGAGAAGAAGGCUAUCUGGUAGUACUUUUAACAUUGAGACAUUGUAAUGGUUAUCAUUUUUACUGUUGCAGCUACUGUUAGACCCCAAAAUUUGCCCCAAAAUGAGAGGAAAAUGCUCAUUUUUACACCCCUACAAAAUAUUUUAAAAAUGCUUUACUAUAAUGUGCAAAAAAAAACAGGAUUUUACCGUCGAAACAUGUAAAAUAAUCUGCCACGGCGAUGUAAAUUCAUCAACAGUUAUUCCCAUUUUACAAUUACAAGAAAUUUCAAUCUGACUCAGAUUAGAGCGACAGAUUAUGUGACUUUAUCGCAGAGUUUUGAAUUUUCAUGUCAUUCAUCGUCUGUUUUUGUUUUGUUUUCAUUCAGCGAAAAGACUCUUAAUCAAAUCAAAGCGACAAAAGCAGCUCUGCUACUCAGAGUGUUUUCAUGUGCUGUGAGGGAAAGAGCUAACGUUAGACUUUCCAUCUUGCUUUGGCCUGAGAGCGAAAAUCUGUGUGUGUGUAUAAGUGUGUAUAUAAGUGUGUGUGUGUGUGUGUGUGAGGCCAGUGGAUAAAUGAUAGUGACUGUCUGUCUGUCUGACACAGGGAAUGGAGGAAGGAUCAGCCUUGGGCAUCCUCGACCACUCUGUCAUUAAAAAAGGUAAGAGGUGGAGGAGCUGUGUGUGUGUUCGUGUGUGUGUGUGCGCACAGGUAUGAGUGUGUGUGACAUGAGAAAGGAGAGAGAGAGAGAGAGAGAAAGAGAGAGGAGGAAGAUUGAGUGUGUGUGUGUGCAUUUGUGUCUAAGUGUGCACCUAUAUAAUUGUGCUAUACAUGCUGAAGGGGGUUUUGUGUUUAGGGGCCCUCCAACAUCACUCUCUCUCUCUCUUUCUCCCUCUCUCUCUCUCUCUCUCACACACACACACACACACACACACACACACACACACACACACACACACACACACACACACUAUAAAUAAUUCUGUUUUGCUAUUUCAUUUGAAGUCAAGAAGUCCUCUAAUACUCAGCUGCAGACUUCACCCCAAAGGCACACAUUCUUAAUGAACUGUUCAUGGUCAUAUGAGAGUGUGUGCGUGUUUGCGUGACUGUGUGUGUGUGUGUGUGUGAGAGAGAGAGAGAGAGAGAGGAAGAAGGAGAGAGUAAGGAUGGGUGGGGAGGGGGAUUACAGCGAAGAAGAGGAGAGAGAAGUGGGGCAGAGAAGAAAAGGGAGGAGAACGCGAUAAAAGAGGAGUUGUGGGGAAAUUUUCGCAGAGUACGAUCGCUCUAAUAUUACCGAGUCGGAGUCUGAGGGAGACACAGGGGCACGAUUAGGAAAUUCAAGUUGGAUUUGUUGCUUCUGGACUGACAAAAGUGGUGUGAAAGAACCGUGUUCAUGCAGGAGAAUGAAAACCUGCGAGGCGGCUGGUUUUUGGGGGGUAGAAAUACGAGAAAAUACAAGAAAAUACAAGAAAAGGUUUAGGAAGAAACAAGCUGAAAGUGACUCCUACUUUGGUCUAAAAAUGACAAAAAAGUGAAUGGACUUCUGCACAAAAAAUAUCACUUUUUAUAGGGGAGGAUUUAUAGUUUAGAGGUUUUCCCUAAUGAUUGUUAUAAGUAGAGUUAUUUUAGAAAAUGACAGAAAAAUGAAUGGACUUCUGCUGACAGAGAAUCACUGAAACACAGACGAUGCUUAAAACUCCUCUCCCUCUCUGAUGCAAAGUCAUUUUUACACAAUAAAAUGAUGAAAUAAUGUGCAAAAUGUGAUAAUUUCCUUUCUGCUCUUCAUCAAACUACAGUUUAAACUAACACUCACAUUUAUUGAGUAUUUUUGCAUCCUUAUCCCCAUAUUUCAGUGAUCCACCUGAAUCACUCCUUGCUUCAACAUUUUAAUCUGUUUUUCAGCAAAUUAAUGACCAAAAAUGAACAGAUUUAUCAACAAGCUCAAGUUUUUAUAUAACAAGUGUGUUAUUCUCCAAAUCAGAGACCUAAAAAGGUGACAGGAUAAGCUGAAACAAUCCUCAACACCUCCUCCAUCAUUCGACGAAGUGACAGUGAUUCCACUUGUUUGCCAAACGCUCCGAAUUGAUCCAUUAACCGCAGCGAGACUCUCCCCGGCGAGCUCUUACAGCAGAUAGCAGAGCGAACCUAAAGGCCUCAUGAAUAAGAAAAUCCAACAGGGGAGAAGAGAACGAGACGGAGUGUAGAGGAGGAGGGGGAAAGAGACAAGGACAGAGGGGGAGAUAAAGAGAGAGGGAGAGGCAGAAAAGAGAGAGUCGAGGAAGAUGAUAAGAGAAAGAGGGGAAGAGAGGGAGGGGCGGAGAGACGACAAAGGAGAGAGAGAGAGAGAGAGUUAGAGGGGCUCUGCUUGUUCUCUCUGUGGCCUCGCUGACUCGACACGCCGCUCGUGAAUGAGGGGAUUUGGAGAGAUUUUUUCAGUAUAGGGGAUCUGUGUCGUACGGCAGGACACUGAAGAUAUCACAGAUUACUCCAAGUGUGAUCGGAGAGCCACGGUUCAAGUGUAGAGACAGAAUAUAACGCAAUGGAAAUAAUAGAAAAUGAAGAAAGCAAAGAAGAGGGGGUGUCACAGAUCCGGGUAUAACAAGAAGGGGAAGGACCCAAAUUGCAGAUCAAAAAAGGAUUUAUUUAAAAGGAAGUAAAAAGCAACAAAAACUUAUUUUGAAAAUGCAGACAGAGUCAUAGACACACAAUGAGCCGACAAAGAAACAGGGAAAGACAAGGACGAUAUAUACAAACACACAGGGAAACGAGCAACGAGAGGCAGGUGAGACACAGGUGAAGACAGUUACCUGCCUUAAUUAUGCAACUUGUCAGCAGAAAACAAAAAACUGCACGACUCAAACAGGGCAAGAAACUGAAAGGAUCGAACCUGAAUGAACACUUAACAAAGAAAAACUUGGACAUUGCCAGACAAGCACGCAUCCUACGGAGAGAGAACUGAAUUCAAGCAAAUAAACGAAAUAACUAAUUACAGAGGAGGGAAAACUGAGGAAGUAAAACAAGACAAGAAACGUAGCGAAUAAACUACUACAAAAUAAAACAGAAACACUGACAACAUGAGGGAAAUAGGGUCAGACACAAGCUGAAAACUCAAGACAGGACUACAGGGAAACAGAAACACUAGGGAAAAUCACAAAGAAAAUACACUCUGAUAACCAAAACCAGAGGAAAAUACCAGAACAUAUCAUGACAGAGGGAAAGUGAAUAAACUGUUAGAAAUGAAACAUACAUACCGACACUCUGGCCUUCUUGCACACGUCUCACAUACAUGUAAAAGAAGAGGAGCCACACAUAAGAGAGACAGAAUAGGAUGUGUCUUGAUUUAAAAUGGUGUUAAAAUUACCUACUAUACCUUUAAAGGUGGAUCCUCUCUAAAUUAAAUCACAAUUAUCUAAUUUUUGAGGGUUUAUUUUGUACACAUUGGACCCGAUCGCCACCUUUUUUAUAAAUUUUUUUCCCUAAAUUUUUUUAAUUUCUUCCUUUUCAUAAAAAUAAAUGAGAAUCUGUUUAGUCGACUAUUAACCGAAACAAAAAAGAAAAGCUAAGGAGAAUUUGCGUCUUUGCUGAUACAAGAAAAAGCAGCCAUCAUGAGUAUAAAGGAUUAACUCACAUAAAGAGGUUGACUCCUUUCAGUCCUCUCUGUUCAGAGGAUUUCUGCCCACACAAACACAGAUUUACAGGAUUUAGGGUUUAAGACGCCAAAGCUCAUUUUAUUUAUACCAAUUACAACCCAGAGAGAUGACUCAGCGGAGAGACAGAGAGCUGACAAGACCAUAGAAACAUUUUAGGAUGAGAGUUUUUAGGUUUUUUACAAUUAAAAACUAAAUUCAUACAUGUAGACUCAAGAAAAUACGUGAAAGAGGAGUAAAAUAUGCAUCAUUUUCUGUCCUGUUUCAUUAUUGGGAGUUUUUCUGUCUAAAAUAAGACACCUCAGUUUGUCUGAGCUUCACCAGUCCCUGAAAAUAUCAUUGUUUCCUCCCCAAAGUGUUUUCGGUUUCUCCCUCUCCAAAAUAAGACCGAACUGAUCAGAGUCUGAAAAGUUUACCGCCGUGCAGAAAAGUGAGUGCGAAUCGAAGCUCCUCGAGGUGUGAAGCAAAGCUAUUUGCGAAUGCACAGCUAAAAUGUAACCACCUGCAGUUUAAACAACAGAAUCAACAAGCAGUGCUCCAGAUUUAGAGCCGUGGACGCGGGGGAGAACAUUACACUGAAUAGAUUAAUCAGGAGGAGGAGGAGGAGUGCUGUCACACACUCAUUCACACAACAAUAAUGUCACAGCUCAAGACAUAUGUUUGGAUUGAUGGGUUUUAUUUUCCCCUAGCUUCCUGAUUUUGCCACUCUUCAUGUAGUUUUCUCCAUCUGACUCUUUAAAUAUGCAUCAAAAGUUUGUUCGCCAACUUUCUUAAACCUUUGAGAUUAAUUUUUCUUUCGUUUUCACCCCAGUUCCCAUCCCGUCCAAGCUGAACGGCUCGUCCCUGUCGAGCCUAUCCAUCGGUAAGGAGGGCUACGGGGUGGGGAGCGUGUCAAACCCAGCUGAGGUCUUCUGUUCAGUCCCAGGUCGCCUCUCGCUGCUCAGCUCCACCUCCAAGUACAAGGUGACAGUUGGGGAAGUGCAGCGGCGCCUGUCCCCACCUGAGUGCCUCAACGCCUCCCUGCUGGGUGGAGUCCUCCGCAGGUGAGAAGAGAAAAAAAAACGUCAAUUAUUAUUCGUCACAGAAUGAGAGAUAUGGUGAAAUUAUGGAUAAAGCAACACCCAGUAUGUCAAUCACAUUUUGGGCUUUAACUCAAAAGUUAAAGCUCCUGUAAGGAAUUUUUAUGAAAACUGAAGUUAGUAUUGAUGCCUCUACGUUCCUCACAACAGCUGGAAGUCGAGAAACGACUCGAAGCGGUACCACUUUUUGUAUUUUUGUAAUGUAGAGGUGACGUUAUCUAGUGUUUCCCACUUUUCGACACAACAGCAGACUGAGCAGCAGACAAUCAGCUGGUCGGCCAUGUUGGAUAUACCGGUGAAUCAGACAUUGCAACAACAUGAAAUCUGAUUGGUCAGAAGUGGACACACAGUAUGCGAAACUUUAGAAAAAUCGACCGUGAAAGGAAAAAAUAAAUGCCACAAUAUCGCAGGACUGCUUGUAUUGACAGGAUACGGGUUCGAAAAAAAGUAUUGACGUCCGAAAUAAUCGCACGAAAAAAAACACUCCCAGUUUGAAAGGACCUUUAUUCUAGUUAAAGCUCCUGUUAGAAACUUUUCCUUGUGGUGAGUUUGGCGCCCCCUCUGGACAAAAUGCCACCUUUAAUCUCUUUGCUGAUCUUGUCCUGUGCAUGUAAAGACAAAACUCCACCUCCUUCUCGAACAUUUUACUCACAGCUUGUCUAUUCUUUUGGAAAAAAAAUCUAAUUUAAACCCAACUCAACAUCUAGCGCCUCACAGUGGUUACGGGUAUUAACAGUGACUUUUUGGAAAUAGUCAAUCUCGACGCGAAUAAGCAUAAUUUUUCGUUUCAGUCUGUUCCAUAAAAAGCUGAAAAUGCUUUACAGGAGCUUCAAACUUUCCCAAAGCCUUUAUAAUAAAUUGGAUCUUUUCGAAGGUUUAAGUUCAAUAUAAUAGAUUAAUAUUUUAUAUUAACACAUGGCAACAUUUAGAAUCCAACACUUAGUGUUUGUGCGUAGCGCUACCCGUCACUUAAUUUACCGACAUAACCACAUUUGGAUCAAUCUACAUCAGCAGCAGCAGCCAUCUUUUUUGCCUGCGAAGGAUCUGAACAUCAUUUUGACCGACCACCUCUAAGAUAUGAUCUGUUCGAGGGAAUUAAAUGAGGUUAUUCACUACUGUGGCUGUAGUUAAAUGGAAAAUGUGGUCUUCACUUAUAAACAGCCAAACAAACUGCGAUAAAGAAGAGUUAUAUUCCUAGUUAGGAGUUGUAUAAAUGUUAGAACAGCCGAUAACCUGAUGUCAAACGUAAAUUCUCCCGUCAAUGAUGGCGUUUCAACAGCUUUCCAGUAUUGCAUUAGUAAGACAGCACUGCAGUUGUUUUAUUUGUCUGAACCACACGACAAAAGCUUCUAGUGUACUCAUCCUUAGCUAUGAACCAUGUCCUCUAUUUUCCUAAAGCUUUUCAAUAGAGUGCUUCAACUCGAAUACGGGACCUCUGCUGAGGACCCAAAAUGGGUCAUGGGACUAAAUCACAAGAGGAGCGAUGUGUUUUAAUGAACCGCAGCCCCGAGGCAAGAGAGCAACUUUAUGAUUGGGGUUUUCAGGCUGAGAUAUUUUAAAAGGACACCAUCAAAAGAUUUGAAGUGUAGUAAAUAUUACAAACCCUCAUCAGCAGAGACAAACAGCUGCUCCACUGGUAAUAAUACAUCGCUGUCAAUCAUUAUAAGGGGGUUCAUUUGAGUUUUCCUACUUUUACUCGACAUUUCAGACAAAAUAAAAUUACUGCAGUGCAACUAUUAGACAGCUAAAGCAUGUUAGCAAUUUUUGCACAAAAUAAGUUGAUAAAACACAGUAUUAUUUGCAUCUCCUACAAGUUUUAAGACAACAGCAGCAUGUUAAUCAAUGUUACUGACUUUUAUCAGGUAACUUGGUUUUUAUUGCCACAACACAUUUCCUCUGAAUACCUCUUUGCUUGUACCAAAUUCUUAGGGCUUGGAAUCACAGGGUAACCGCAAUAUGAUACGAUACAAAAUGACACAAAACAAAACAAUAGGACACAAUGUGAGAAGAUAUGAUACGCUAUGAUUUACUGAAGUAUGCACAAUAUAAUGUGGUGCAAUAUGAUAUAAAACAAUGGAAUGUUGGCAGUGUGAUGCAAUGCCGAUGGGAUGUAGUUGCGCUGUGAUGUGAUAUGAUGCAUUAUGAUGUGUUAUAAUAUGUUACAUUACGAUAAGAUACGGUACGAUACGAUACAAUUUGUUACAGUAUGUUACAUUAUGUUACAAUACAUUAUGUUACAAAAUGAUACGUUGUGAUACAAUACGUCACAAUAAGAUAUAAUAUGUUACAUUAUGUUACGAUAUAUUAUGCUCCGAUAUGGUAUGUUACGUUACAAUACGAUAUGAUACAAUAUGUUACAUUACGUUACGAUGAAUUACGUUACGAUACAUUAUGAUCCGAUAUGGUAUGUUGUGUUAGGGUACAAUACAAUACGUUACGAUACAAUACAAUAUGUUACGAUACGUUACAAAACAAUACAAUACAAUACAAUAUGUUACAUUAUGUUACGAUACAUUACAAUACAAUACAUUAUGAUCUGAUAUGGUAUGUUACGUUAAGAUAUGAUACAAUACAUUAUGAUACACUACAAUACAGUACGUUACGAUCAGGGAUAUUUGGCACCAUUGUCCUGACAGAGUUAGGAUGACAUAUUUCUGUACUUUAGUUUGAAUGCAGGGAGUUUUGGCAGCCAUAGUUUUGUCAAAAUCAGCCGUUUCUUGGCACCUUCCAUAUAAACACCUCACAAUGUUUCUCUAUAAAUUAUCCUUAAAAUAUCCUUAAAUGUUGAGAUUUUAGGAAAAAAGAAACUGGGGAGAAACAACAAGAAGAGCCGAGCAAAAAAAACAAGAAAGUCCAAAUACCAAAAGAUCCUAUCAGUGCUGACAGGAAGCAUACUGAAGGAAGAUUUCAGCUUCACAUUCACUUAGAAAAACACACAAACACAAAUAAACACACACACCAUGACAAAUCUCUCAAAGACAAACACAGGGCCAGAAUUUACGCACACACAUAAACACACACACACACACACACACACACACACACACACUGAAGGAGCAUCUCCUAAAACUGCUCUCUCUCUCUCUCUCUCUCUGUCUCUGUGUCCCCCCUCAGGGCGAAGUCAAAGAAUGGUGGCCGCUGUCUGAGAGAGCGUCUGGAGAAGAUUGGCCUCAACCUGCCCGCCGGGCGCCGCAAGGCCGCCAACGUCACUCUGCUAACAUCUCUGGUGGAGGGUAGGGACUACACACACACAAACACACACAAACACACACACACACAGUGACCUGCUUACAUACUGACAGAAAGAGACACAUAUUCACAUAGAAACAUCUUUGCAUGAGCACACAUGAAUAAACAGUCAGAACACGGGUGGCUGCAUGCGUGCGGGGCCACACACAAGCGCGGGGUGAUGUUAGUAAAGCCAGCGUGCAUCUGCCACACAGAGCCAAAGAGCAGUGAACUGUUUGAGCGGUGAAAGUGAGAAAAACGGCUGCAGAGUUUGUCUCGUGACCCGGCCUGACCCCCGCGCUCACAGAAGUCAAUUGUGUGUCGUUGAAGAGCUUUUCAAUGGAUGAUUAUCUGAUUUGAACCUAAACUGAAGCUUUAUAAAUGCACCACUGUCCUUUCUUCUGCUUGUGCGGGGCUUAUUUUCUAUUUCUCACUGGCUCCUCUUCCUCCUCCUCCUCCUGCAGGUGAGGCUGUCCAUCUGGCGCGGGACUUUGGUUACGUGUGCGAGACAGAGUUUCCAGCCAGAGCCACAGCUGAGUAUCUGUGCAGGCAGAGCGAGCCGGACCAGCUCCCAACACGGCGCAGCAUGCUGCUCGCCACAAAGUGAGUGUGCUUCCUCCACCGACUCAGUACGAUUGAAAUCAUGAACUGAAACACUAACUGGGGUUUAAAAUGCUAGUCGUAGGAAAGUCCUAAUUAUACAAACAGAUUAAAGUCUCUGUAAAUGUAAAAUGUGUAUUUGUACUACAGAAGCGAAGCGAGGUACACUUUGUCCAGAGGGGGCGCCAAACUAAACGCAGAUAGAAAGUUCCCCAUGGGAGUUUUAACUGAUUUAGUCGACACCUAGGAAUAAAAUCAGGAUAUUUUGUUUUCUAGUGCUUUAGUAUUACCCUUUCCGUCUCUAGGAUACGGUGGCCGAGAACCGCCACUGCUGCUAAAAAAGAAUGCAAAAAAAAGAAGUUACAACAGAAGAUACUGAUGCAACAAGAAAAGAAACCAAAGCCUGCUUCAAAUAAAAAAAGAAAUGUGCAGAUCAAAAAAAAGCCAAAAUGGAAGUUUUUUUAUUUGCAUCCUUUUAUUUUCGUAAUAUGAAACUUUUUAUUUUUAUUUUGCAUUACCACUUUUUUUUAGCGUCGUUAACUUUUUUUUUAAUCUGCAACAUUUCUUUUUUAUUUGCAGCAGGCUUGGGUUUUUUUUAUCAGUAACUUCUGUCGUGACUUCUUUUUUUUUGCAUUCUUUUAUUUUCGCAGUGUGUAACUUUUUUAUUUAAUUUAUUUAUUUAUUUUUUUGCACCACCACUUUGGUUUUCGGUUUCUUUCUUCUUCUUUUUUGCAUCGGUAACUUCUGUUGUGACUUCUUUUUUUUGCAUUCCUUUUUAUUUGCAGCAGUGGCAGUUCUCGGCCACCGUACUAGGAACCUUAUUUGUAACCUCAAAAGAAGUGCUAUAUUGAUGAAGAGCCGCUUUGGGUUUUUUUGGGGGCAACUCAACUUUAUUCGUAAAGCACUUUAAAACAACCACAGCUGAACAAAGUGCUGUGCAUAAAUAGACAAAAAAACGCCGACAUAAAAAACAAUCAAAAAACAAAUAAAACAAUGGAUAAAAUAAAAGCAGAUAUUAGAAAGUAAAAUAUAGUUUCAAUGUUUUUCAAAACUGAUUUAAAAGCAAUAGAAACAAAUAACUAAAAACAAACCAUAAAACACUGAAACACGAGCCGAGUCUCAUGCAGGGUCGAAAGCUAAUGAAUAAAAAUGGGUUUUAAGGCGAGUUUUAAAAAUGGACAGUGUGGGGCAAGGACAAAAGGAUACAAGGUCUAUCGGAUCAAUGCAAUCCCUGACACAACUUAUUGUAUCGACGGUUGUUUCCACAAAAAGCUAAUAUUUUGUUUUUUUAUCUUCUCAGGGAGAUUUGUAAGGAGUUCGUGGACCUGAUGUCUCAGGACCGCUCUCCUCUGGGCGGCAGUCGACCCACCCCCUGCCUGGAGCCCGGCGUUCAAGGCAGCCUCACCCACUUCAGCCUCCUCACCCACGGCUUCGGCACCCCCGCCAUCUGCGCCGCGCUCUCCGCCUUCCAAAGCUACCUGAUGGAGGCCAUUAAAAUGCUGGACAAAGGAGAGGGCGGAGGGAAGAGCCACCACGAGAAGGAGAUGAAGCACCGCAAAUAGACGGAGGACGAACUGCUGUGUCAGUGAAAGAGUGGCAGAAAGGAAGAGGAAAGAGGGAGAAAAGACUGACGGGUGUCCCUCUGAUUCUUGACCUUUGCCCUCAGGAUAAAAACUGUUACCUCCCAGAAACCCCUCGGGGCCCCUUUUCGUCGAGGAGGCGGGGUUCAUGAUGAUAUCUGUACUGUUAUGUGUGUCUAAAACCACCUCACUCGACAUGACGCAUGGACCUCUCUUCUAAGUAGCUGGUUUGUGUCAUGAUGGCGUCUCCAGGAUGAGUUCCUACAUAUGGCUGUAAAGUUUGAUUUAUUCCCACUUCUACUUUUAAUUUUUGAAUUUUGGUAAACAUGUCACCUUGAUCAGUGUUUUAAAAACCCUCUGGCUUCAUCACGCGUACACUUAUUUUUCGGACUGAACUCAUCUGGAAUUUGUCGUUAAGCCAUAUCCAAGACAACAGACCUGCUCUUUGCUCCUUUGGAACUUGUUGGAGACUUUUAAACUCCACCUGAUUGGACGAGCACAGCUUCCAUAUGUAGUUCUUUUUCAAGUGGUGGUCAUGGGAAAUUGAGUUUUGAAGGAGUGGGGGGAAAAAGAGGAGUCAAAGGCAGCUACAGGAGAUUUGUUUUCUUUUAAUUUGAAGUGCUGCGUGUUGGUAACUUAAGAAAAUAACACAAAUCAUUUUGUACUUUCUGUGUAUGUUUAUUAUUAAUGUUAUUACUGUUGUUAUUAUUAUUGUAUUACGGCAUAAAUGUAAUAUAUUAUUAAACAAUUAAGAGCGAUCAGAGGA